AAGAGCUGUAGUUAAUUUGGAUGGACGACCUAAUUUUGGUAUGAUUGAGAAUAGAAUUUUAAUAAACUAAUCUUAUUUGAAUAAAUUUUAUCAUCCAUCCUCCUCUGGGAAUCACAAAGGAUCCAUGAAGGAGUCCAGGUAUAGAGGUGUGAGAAAGAGACCUUGGAGUCGAUUCGCGGCUGAGAUCCGUGAUCCACAGAAGAAGUCACGUGUUUGGCUCGGUACUUUUGAUACCGCCGAGGAGGCUGCACGCGCCUACGAUGCCGCCGCUCGUGACCUCCUUGGCCCUAAGGCCAAGACCAAUUUCCCGAUCGACACUUCUCCUUCUUCUCUUGCCGAACAGAAUCAGAGUGAGUCUCUCCACUCUUCUGCUAUUGUCCAGGCACUUUGUCCACCAACGUCAUACAAAUUGAUGCCAGUGCGGCAGGAAAUAGUCGUAGAUGAAGGAUCUAGUCUUAGUGGAUUAUCUGAUACAAAUGACGUUGUUGAGCCUCUAGACACAGGUGUUGUUGCAUCAUCUUCAUCUACUACAUAUUAUUAUGAUGUUGUAAUUAGAUACAGGAGAGGGGACAUGAGCAACAAUGAUUUCAUCAGCCAUCUUGGCGCUGCCCUUUGCCGGAGAGGAAUCACUGUUCAAGAAGACUUUGAUGAAGUGGAUUCAAUUCCAGAAUGUAGAGUUUUGAUCAUAUUCUUAACCAGCACAUACUUCUCUUCUGGCCUCUUAAACAUUCUUGAACACCAACGAAGAGAGUGUCAAGUAGUUUAUCCGAUUUUCUACGGUGUAUCGCCUUCUGAUUUGAUCAGUAAUAGUAAGGUUUAUGAUGGUUUUUUUCACAAUGACGAGGCAAAAAGGUGGCAGGUUGCUUUGAAGGAAAUAGCCCUGUUUCCUGGCUACAUCUCGACAGAUAAGUCUGAGUCUGAACUAAUAGAUGAGGUUGUCAGAGAUGCUUUGAAGGUGUUGUGUUCCAUAGACAAGGUGAAGAUGGUUGGGAUGGAUACACAAAUAGAUGAAAUUUUUUCACUGCUAAGCAUUGAAUCCGCAGAUGUUCGCAUCAUAGGUAUAUGGGGUACAGUUGGUAUAGGAAAAACAGCCAUUGCUGAAGAUAUCUUUCGCCGAAUCUCUGUUCAAUAUGAGACUUGUGUCUUUCUCAAGGACCUUCAUGAGGAAGUAGAGGUAAAAGGACACGAUGCUGUGAGUGAGGAAUUUUUGUCUAAAGUUUUAGAUGUAGAAUCACAUGGUAUUCGGAUUUCCGACAUUAGAACAAGUUUCUUGAAGACGAGGCUUCAGCGUAAAAGGGCCCUCAUUAUUCUUGACGAUGUGAAUGAUUUCAGAGAUGCUGAAACGUUUUGGGGGGUGCUUGACUAUUUUGGUCCAGGAAGCAGGAUAAUCGUAACCUCUAGAAACAGACAAGUUUUUGUACAAUGUAAAAUCCAUCAUGUCUACGAGGUCAAACCAUUAGAUGUUUCUAAGUCUCUACUACUUCUCAAUCGUAAUACAUUGCAGACUACUUUGUCACAUGAGUUUUACAAGAUAUUGUUACCUGAGCUGGUAAAGUUUUCAAAUGGAAAUCCACAAGUUCUUCAAUUUUGUAGCAAAUCAGGCCUAGCAUGGGAUCAGUUAUCACAAGAAAUUCAGAGACCUUCUGCCACUUACAUUCCAGGUAUUUUCGAAAGAAGCUGUUGUGGGCUUGAUGACAAUGAAAAGGGAAUAUUUUUAGACAUUGCAUGUUUCUUUGGAAGGAUGGAUAAAAAUGAUAUUGCAAUGUUGCUUGAUGGAUGUGGUUUCUCUGCACAUAUUGGAUUUAGAAGCCUUGUUGACAAAUCACUAUUAACCAUAUCACAUAAUAUGGUGGAUAUGCUGAGAUUUCUCCAGGCAACAGGUCGAGAAAUUGUUCGCCAAGAAUCAAUUGACAAGCCUGGAGAACGCAGCAGGUUGUGGAAUGCUGAAGAUAUCAUGGAUGUAUUCAUAGAGAAUACUGGCACAUCAGCUGUAGAGGGGAUUUUCCUGGACAUGUCGCAGCUGAAAUAUGAUGCAAAUGCCAAUGUAUUCGACAAAAUGUGUAACCUUAGACUGUUAAAGUUUUAUUUCUCUAAAGUGAUAGAGAACCAUGGAGUGUAUUUACGUCAAGGUCUUGAAUACUUGCCGACCAAGCUAAGGCUUCUGCACUGGGAACACUAUCCUAUCAGCUCCUUGCCGCAAUGUUUUGAUCCAAAGAACUUGGUAGAGCUUAACUUGCGCAACAGUUGUGUGACGAAACUUUGGAAACGCAGAAAGAGUUUAGAAAAUCUUAAAAAGAUGAGACUUAGCUACUCCCACCAGUUAACAAAACUUCCACGACUUGCAAGUGCGCCAAAUCUCGAGCUUCUUGAUCUUGAAGGUUGCAAGAGUUUGGUGAGCAUCAGCAAGUCUAUCUGUUAUCUCAAAAGGCUUGUUUCUCUGAAUCUGAAGGACUGCUCGAAUCUGAAGAGUGUUCCAUCUACUGUUGAUUUAGAGUCUCUUGAGGUUUUGAAUCUUUCUGGCUGCUCAAAGCUAGAGAAUUUCCCGGAGAUAUCACCAAAUGUGAGAGAGCUGUACAUGGGUGGGACUGUGAUACAAGAAAUACCCUCAUCGAUCAAGAACUUGAUACUGCUUCAAAAACUUGACCUUGAAAACAGCAGCCACCUUGUGAAUGUUCCAUCCAGCAUCUGCAAGUUGAAGCAUCUCGAAACGCUGAAUCUGUCAGGCUGCUCAAGCCUUGAGCAUUUUCCAAACUUGUCUAAAAAGAUGAAAUGCUUAAAGUCUCUGGAUUUAAGCAGGACAGCCAUUAAAGAGCUACCAUCCUCCAUUUCAUAUCUGACUGCUCUUGAAGAACUGAGAUUUGUGGGAUGCAAGAGCCUCGUAAGAUUUCCUGACAACGCCUGGAGCCUAAGAUUUAAGGUUGAGUUUCGUCAGAUUGAUACAGAGAAGUUUUCAAAACUGUGGAAUAGAUUUGGAUGGCUCAAGAAAGUUCAGAUCUCUUAG